CAAAUCACAAUGACGACUGUAGUUGUGCAGACGUCUCAGAAGAGUGGCUGGAAUACAGAAUUAUGUGACUGUUGCCAAGACAUGAAUUCUUGCUGUUAUGGGUUCUGGUGCUUUCCUUGCUUUACCUGCACCACCACUGGGGAGUUUGGAGAGAGCACUUGUCUGCCUCUGGUGGACAUGUUUGGGCCAGGUAUAAUGGCAGCUUUUGGAGUUCCACUAUGUGCGCCGCCCGUGUCUCUGGGAAUGAGGGUGGCAGUUCGCUACAAAUAUAAUAUUAGGGGCAGUAUCUGUAAUGACAUCAUGGUGACUUGCUGUUGUGUCUGGUGUUCAUGGUGUCAGAUGAGUAGAGAAAUCAAAGCACGCAAACAAUCCCCCACUGUAGUGACCACACAACCCGUGAUUCAAACCAUUCCAAUGGCAACCACUACACACAUUAUCUCUACACAGUAGUCGGUUGGAGUGACACUGGCACCAUUUGUU